UCUGCUGCUGAUGGGGGAGGUGGAGCCGGCGCCCGCGGGCCCGCUGGAGCCCCUGGAGCCGCCCGAAGCGCCCGUGAGCCGCUGGCCGGGAGGAAUUCGGGUCCUGAAGAGAAAUAUGAAACGCAAUGGGAGCAGAAAUUGUUUGAAUCGGAGAAGCAGGUUUGGUUCUCGAGAAAGAGAUUGGCUGAGAGAAGAUGUGAAGAGAGGCUGUGUUUACCUUUAUGGAGCAGAAACAACCACUGCCACUACAACCACCACCACCUCCUCCUCCUCCUCUGAUGUACAUCUCGUCCUUUGCACAGUGGAGACACCAGCAUCUGAAAUAUGUGCUGGAGAGGGAAAGGAAAGCCUUUAUUUACAGCUUCAUGGAGACUUGGUCAGGAGAUUGGAACCUACUGAACGACCUCUUCAGAUCGUUUAUGAUUAUUUAUCCAGGCUGGGCUUUGAUGAUCCUCUGCGCAUACAGGAGGAGGCAACAAAUCCUGACCUUGGCUGUAUGAUUCGAUUUUAUGGUGAAAAACCAUGCCAGGUGGAUCAUCUGGACCGAAUCCUCCUGUCUGGCAUCUAUAAUGUACGCAAGGGAAAGACCCAGCUGCAUAAGUGGGCUGAACGCCUAGUUGUCCUCUGUGGCACCUGCCUCAUUGUUUCCUCAGUGAAGGACUGUCAAACUGGAAAGAUGCACAUUUUGCCUCUGGUUGGGGGAAAGGUAGACGAAGUGAAGCGACGGCAGUACUCACUUGCAUUCAGCUCAGCUGGAGCCCAAGCUCAGACUUAUCAUGUCAGCUUUGAGACUUUGGCCGAGUGCCAGAGGUGGCAACGGCAAGCAUCCAAGGUGGUGUCCCAGCGAAUUAGUACAGUUGAUCUCUCAUGUUACAGCCUUGAGGAGGUUCCUGAGCAUCUCUUCUACAGUCAAGAUAUCACCUACCUCAACUUGCGACACAAUUUUAUGCAACUAGAAAGACCAGGGGGCCUUGAUUCUCUUUACAAAUUUUCUCAGCUGAAGGGCCUGAACUUGUCCCAUAAUAAACUUGGGUUGUUUCCUGUAUUCCUGUGUGAGAUCUCUACCCUGACUGAGCUCAACCUUUCCUGUAAUGGAAUUCACGACCUGCCAAGUCAGAUUGGCAAUCUGCUAAAUCUUCAAACUCUCUGUCUUGAUGGCAACUUUCUAACUAUUUUACCUGAAGAAUUGGGAAAUCUGCAGCAGCUUUCCUCCCUGGGAAUUUCCUUCAACCACUUUAGUCAAAUUCCUGAGGUUUAUGAGAAGCUUACUACCGUAGAAAAAGUGGUUAUGGCAGGAAAUCAACUAGAAGUCCUAAACCUGGGGGUGCUGAAUAGGAUGAGCCAUAUCAAACAUGUAGAUUUAAGGAUGAACCGUUUGAAGACCAUGGUUAUUGAAAAUCUGGAGGGAAAUAAAUACAUCACCCACAUGGAUCUGCGAGACAAUCAACUGACUGACUUAGAUCUUAGCUCCUUACGUAGUUUGGAGCAGCUGCACUGUGAGCGGAACCAACUGAGGGAGCUAACACUCAGUGGAUUCUCCCUUCGGACUCUCUACGCCAACUCCAACAGGCUGACCGCAGUGAAUGUUUAUCCAGUACCCAGUCUCCUCACUUCCCUAGAGCUCUCCCGAAACCUGUUAGAGUGUAUCCCUGACUGGGCCUGUGAAGCAAAGAAGAUAGAAAUAUUAGAUGUCAGUUAUAAUCUCCUCACAGAGGUUUCCAUGAGAAUUCUGAGUAGCUUGAGUCUUAGAAAACUGAUGGUGGGACACAACCAUGUGCAAAGCCUUCCUGUGCUAAUGGAGCACAUCCCCCUUGAAGUACUGGACAUUCAGCAUAACUUACUCUCCAGGUUGCCAGAUACCCUCUUCUCCAAGGCCUUAAAUCUCAGGUACCUGAAUGCAUCUGCAAAUAGCCUGGAGUCUUUACCAUCUGCUUGUACUGGGGAGGAGAGUCUGAGUAUGCUGCAGUUGCUUUACCUGACCAGCAAUCUCCUGACAGAUCAGUGUAUACCUAUGCUGGUGGGGCACCCACACCUGCGAAUCUUGCAUCUUGCAAACAAUCAACUACAGACCUUUCCCGCAAGCAAACUCAAUAAAUUGGAGCAAUUGGAAGAAUUGAACCUAAGUGGCAACAAGCUAAAAACCAUUCCCACGACUAUAGCAAACUGCAAAAGGCUGCACACCCUUGUUGCACACUCCAACAACAUCAGCAUUUUCCCAGAAAUACUGCAGUUGCCUCAGAUCCAGUUUGUAGACCUAAGUUGCAAUGACUUGACAGAAAUCCUGAUUCCAGAGGCUUUGCCUACUACAUUACAAGACCUUGAUCUGACUGGAAAUACAAAUCUGGUUCUAGAACACAAGACCCUGGACAUAUUUAGCCAUAUCACAACUCUGAAAAUUGAUCAGAAACCUUUGCCAACCACUGAUUCUUCAGUCACAUCAACUUUCUGGAGCCAUGGACUGGCUGAGAUGGCAGGACAGAGAAAUAAGCUAUGUAUAUCUGCCCUAGCUGUGGAUAACUUUGCAGAGGGGGUGGGAGCUGCAUAUGGCAUGUUUGAUGGGGACCGAAAUGAGGAGCUCCCUCGCCUACUGCAGUGUACAAUGGCAGAUGUGCUUUUGGAAGAGGUACAGCAGUCAACAAAUGACACAGUUUUCAUGACUAACACCUUCUUGGUAUCUCACAGAAAAUUAGGAAUGGCUGGCCAGAAGCUGGGCUCCUCUGCUCUCCUGUGUUACGUCCGACCUGACACUGCUGAUCCAACAAGUAGUUUUAGCUUGACUGUGGCCAACGUUGGUACCUGCCAAGCAGUCCUGUGCCGAAGUGGGAAACCAGUGUCCCUCUCUAAAGUCUUCAGCCUAGAACAGGACCCAGAGGAGGCACAAAGAGUUAAGGACCAAAAAGCCAUCAUAACAGAGGACAACAAAGUGAAUGGGGUAACCUGCUGUACCCGGAUGCUGGGCUGUACAUACCUCCACCCUUGGAUCCUUCCCCAGCCCCACAUAUCUUCCAUUCCACUUACUAUUCAGGAUGAGUUGCUAAUUCUUGGGAACAAAGCAUUGUGGGAACACUUGUCAUAUACAGAAGCUAUUAAUGCAGUGCGUCAUGUACAAGACCCUUUAGCAGCUGCCAAGAAGCUGUGCACCUUAGCACAGAGCUAUGGUUGUCAGGACAAUGUGGGGGCCAUGGUAGUUUAUUUGAACAUUGGCGAGGAAGGUUGCACUUGUGAAGUGAAUGGGCUCACCCUUCCAGGUCCUGUGGGAUUUGUUUCAACCAUCAAGGACCCCCCCAAGCCAACCACUCCUUCCUCUAGUAGUGGUAUUGCCUCUGAGUUCAGCAGUGAAAUGUCCACCUCAGAGGUGAGCAGUGAAGUGGGAUCCACGGCUUCUGAUGAACAUAACACUAUUGGCCUGGAUUCUGGCUUGCUUCCAAGGCCAGAGAGGCGCUGCAGCCUUCAUCCAACACCCACCUCUGGGGUUUUUCAGCGCCAGCCUUCUUGUGCUACUUUCUCAAGUAAUCAGUCUGACAACGGCCUGGACAGUGAUGAUGAUCAGCCCGUUGAAGGGGUGAUAACAAAUGGCAGCAAGGUAGAAGUAGAAGUAGAUAUUCAUUGCUGUAGAGGAGGAGACCUUGAGAACUCUCCUACUUUUAAAGAGACUUCCCCUACCCGGUGUCCUGAGGAACAUGCUAGAGGCUUGUCUUUUGGGAUCCGAAGACAGAACAGUAUGAAUAGUGGCAUACUUCUGCCAGUGAGCAAGGACAAGAUGGAAUUACAGAAGUCUCCCUCUACUUCCUGUCUCUAUGGAAAGAAACUCUCCAAUGGCUCUAUUGUGCCCCUAGAAGAUAGCCUGAAUCUCAUUGAAGUGGCCACAGAAGCCCCCAAGAAGAAAACUGGCUAUUUUGCUGCCCCAACACAGCUGGAGCCAGAGGAUCAGUUUGUUGUACCUCGUGACCUGGAAGAAGAAGUGAAGGAGCAAAUGAAACAGCACCAGGAAAGCAGGCCCGAGCCUGAGCCCAGUGAAGAGGAUCGGACCGAGGCCCUGGAGGAGUUUGACACAGCACUGUAAUUCUUCCCCAGGAGCCACAGGGUUAGAGAGGGCUGUGUUAGUGUUGGGGUAGGGACUAUUCCAGAGGCAUUAUGCCUCUGCGUUUCUAAACCAUAGAUAAGUGGGGUAGAACUCAGAGCUAAAAAAGGUGACAGCUAUCAGGGUCUUCCUCUGGUUAAGCUAGAAGCUACUAUCAGUGUUAAGUUUCACAUUUAACCUGUAUUGGAAUUCCCAGAAUUGCUGGGAAGAAAGCAGAUGUUCUGUAUCAGUCCUACCACCUGCCAUUAACCCUUUCUCUCCUAGGAUAAUUUUGAGAAUUUGCCUGCCUGGGCAGGAAAGGGACUGUUUCUGUGGAGGAAAUUUCUGAAGAUUGAUUCCCUUUACUAAUUGCUGCUGAUGGAUCUCUGUGACAGAGAAAUCACCUUAUAUCUCAACCUAACUGAUGGGAUGUGAUGUGACUAGUCACAUGGCUUUUCAUUCUUCUCUACGAGAAUACAGCCUAUCAAAAUGAUGUUUAUUGGAAAUGCAGAACCAAUCAAACAGAUAAUUUAUGUAUGUAAUGUAAUGAGAGCACUUUUCCUUGACUGUGAACUUUUUAUUUUUGAAUCUGCACUCGAGCCAAUCUUAGAGGCAGCCUGGCACCUUUGUGCAUAGGGAGAGCGAUAACUAGGUGUUAGAGCCUUCUAUGAGGGUACUAGAAAAGGCCGUGGGAAAUUGAUUUCCCAGCAGAUCACAAGAGAGGAAUUUGAGGAUUGGCCUCUUUCCAUCACAUAUGGUAGAUUGGCAGUCAGUCUCUUAAUACAUAGGGCCAAAGCUGAUACUGCUUGUGUCCAAGUAACCUUGAGGCACAGCAGAUGACUCUGGACAGACUGAGGCUGAGUGAGAAAAGAUGAUGGAUGGAUGGAGCUCAUAUGUUAGACAUGUUCCUUCUCUUAUUCUAGAGCAGAGGGAUGGUUUUCUAAAAUAUCAGAAUUAAGUUGAGGAUUCACCUCUUUAAUGUUUAGCAGGGUACUCUUAUGAAAACUGCUUAUCUAUCUACCUUAUAUGGUUUCAGAGUACUGGGCUGAGUUACCAAGAAAGACUCUUAAUUGACAAAUUCUUAAGCUUACAGAAAACUUGGUUUACUGUGUUUUUUUUUUUGCACAUUCCAUAUAAUCUAGCAAAAUGCAUUUCCUUGCAUAUUUCUGUUCUAUUGCCUUUUCCAUUAGAAGAUUUACUUAGGAAAAUUAAUCCUACUUAUAUUCAUACAAAACUUUGACAUUGCUUGAUUUUACCAAGUGGGGAAUGUGCUUUGAAUUUUUUGGAACAUUUUCACAAUUAAAAAGAAAAUAGAGUGGAACCACUUUUAAUUUGUUUCAUUAGAAAUAAAAUGUUAAAAAUAGGAGUGAUAUAUAUAUUCCUUUGUGUUUUUUAAAGUUUUUGUUUAAAGCAAUAGUAGAAAACCAGAUGACCUGUCCACAAAUGGGUGUGCAGUCUUCAUCUGCCCCCAGACCCCAUACCCGUGGACGAGUCAGUGGAGCAUGCUCUUGGGGGAUUCUAUACUCCUCAAAUCAGUAAUAUACAAGCCCUCAAAAUCUGAAUGAGUCCUUGAAUUGUCAGGAACACUUGAUUUUCCUGUGUAAAACUACUGGUCAACUAUUGAAAGAUUUUAGAACUCAGGUUUUGAUUUGAAGAGGGGAACAUGGGGGGAGAAGGGGAUUUCAUGUAAAGUUUAGGUGCUGUUAGAGAGAUGGGAACAAUAGUGUGUUGUCACCUUAUUUUUAUAUGAGAAAAAGGGGAAAAAAUGAAGAAAAAAACUCAAGAUGGUAGUGAUGGCUCAUAUAAAACAUCUUUCUACCCAGACAGAAGAACCUUUGGGUUAUAGAAUAGUGAUGUUAUCUAGAAAUGAAGGUUAUUUGGGGAAAAUACCACUUUAAUAAUGUAGUCUCAUAAAAAUUAUGAUUUGUCUGUGAAUUCUUUUCUUGUCUUCUGUUUGUUUCCCACCUUACUUAUUGGAACCGCUGUAAAACCCAAUUCUGAAAUGACCUUACCAGAUGUAAAUGUAUUUCCUUUUUAGUCAGCAGAACUCUGAAAUCCAAAAUGUUCUUUUAUGUGGUAAAAGGUUAUUUUUAGGAAAUAUUAGGUUGUAUUGAAAACCUUUAUUAUAUACUAUACCAAAACUGAUUAUUCUUUUUGUAACCUCUUUUAAUUCAUUUCCCUCUACGAUUGCUCUGUAUUAAAACAGAGGGUAAAAAGGCCAUAGCCUGUUACCAAAAAUAUAAUACAGAAUUCUUGACCUAUGAGGUAAUUUACAGAAAUUGUGUUUUCUGAUUAUGUUAUCUGAUUAAGCUGAUUAGUUGGUGAAAGUCAGUAAUUUGUCUUCAGGUGGAUGUAAUCUACUUUCCAGUACUGAGAGGACAUGUUGCCCAGGUAGACAAGGUACAGUUGAUCUCUAGCCAGAGAUUUCUGGCUUCUGUAUGAUUCUCAAGUCUCUGUGUGUACCCCCGACUUAAUAGAGAAUUUUAACCAAAUUUCUGAAAGAACACUCCUGAUUAUGGAAAGAGUUGAUGUGUCCCACGGACAAAAAAAUACACAAGUCUUGGGUGUUUCCGGCAACCGUGGUGUUCUUACUUUUAUCCAAAUGGAUUGGAAAUAUAUUUGAAAAUUUGGAUGUUGAUAGACAUAAAGCUACAGUGCUACUCUAGAGUCAUUGAAUGACCACUCCUAAUACAGUUGAGGGCUUUAUUAUACUACUGCAGAAUGUAUGUGUGCAAUAAGUUGGCGAAUUAAUUUUCCUGGUGUAUAGAAGAGCUGACAUGAGCAGUUUGGUAAUUACUGGGUGCUAUUACAAUUGUUUGUGCUGAGUGCUAUUUUCCAGGAGAUGGAGCCAGUUAGGUUUGGCCAAUCUACUGAAUAUUAAAUGAUACUCUUUCCAUGUAGACACCUUCAGCAAAAGCAGGUACUUGGAAGCCACAGGCACACGUUCUGUGUCUAUUCAAUAAUUAUUAAUGAAGAGACCUCCAUAAGGGAGCACUUGGCUGUUAUUGAUAAAUGUACCAAUUGUUAAAUAAUUAGUCUUCAAGCCAUUCAGUGAUGUCUGCAGCAUCACUAUAGAACUGUCUUGUGUCACUUUUUACUUCCAAGUGGAGCCUUUUAGACUCCUUGAUAUGGAGGCAAAUUAAUGUUUCUCACCAGUUACUGACUUUUGCCCCAAGUUGGGUAAGCACUUCCUAGACUGAGAAAAGCAGCUACAGUAAAUCCUGCUGUUCCUUCAUUUGGUUAUCAUUCAAUCACACAUAAGCUCCUUGUAUUCUAAAUUUCACGUAGUUCUCCCAGAUGCUAUAGGGUUUUUUUCUCACUGUUGAUUAUGGAUGUCAUCUAGACAGUGGGUUCAUAUCUUAUGGUUUUGUGCAAUCAUUGUCAUAUUGUAGUCCUAAGACUCAUAGUGUAUUUUUGAUAUUUUUGAAAUGUGUUAAAUUUUUUAAUUCAAUAAUAUGAGCCAGAGCAUGUUGCAGCAAAUCUAUUGUUUGUAAAAAAGAAAAAAACAAAAACAAUAAUAAUAAAUAAAAUAAAAUGGAAUAUCUUUUUCAUGGCUUUGUUUUAAAAUGGAGUACUUGUUGUUUUACAAAUAUGCAUGACACUAACUUUCUCUCCUACUUGUAAGUAGAAUUAGUUUCUUAACCAAAAACCCCUUUAUGAUUCUUUCUGUUUUUUUUCUUGCUUUACGACGGCACUAGAGGGUAGGUUGUUGGAGAAGAUAAGCAAGAACAGGCAAAUGAAACCACAUUCCAUGAUGCUUUAUGAAGCAAUGAGUUAAGGCAAGAAUAAAUAUUUUUAAUCACCUUUUCAGCUGAAAUAGCAAUAAAGUUUUUACUUCAAGAGACAUUCUGACUUUGUUUUUAUGUUUCAAGAAAUCUCGAAGACAGAAAACAGUCCUUAUUUACAUGCAGGUUAUUAGAUGACUAGAGGAAACUGAAUUGUGAACAGUCUACCCCUGAGAGUGGCACAGAAGAGCUAACUGGACAACCUGGCCGUUAUGCUUUUCCUAAUAAGUUAGAACUUCAGACACAGUGGUAGGCAUUGUCUAACAAAAUAUUUAUAAUCCUGUUAAACCAAAAACUGUCCAUUGGUCGUCUCCCAUAAUCCAAGCAAGAUUUACUAUCUUUCACUCCACAUAAAAACCGAGCUUUCCUCUUUCUGGCAGAAUGAACAUUUUAAAAAACUUGGUUCACCAGCUGUUUAUUCAGCACUUUCAAUGUGCUGGGCACUAUGCCACCACCUUCUUUAAAACCCCAGAUUCAUGAGACAUACCUCCCUAUUCCAGGGUGCCAGAAAUGCAGUUCUCUCUGCUGGUCUUUGCUUCAGUUCAUACUAAUUCCGUGAUACACCGAAGGUCACAAGAGUGCAUUAGUCAUACGGAACAAGUUCCAGUGUGUGAUUCAGUUGCCUAAAUCCUGCCUCUGCUACUUAAAAGAUUUGAGACUUUAGGCAAGUUAUUUAAUCUCUACUUAAAGGCCCAGCUUCUUUCAUUUGCUAAAUAGAAAUAGUAAUAUCUCUCGUCAGUUACUUGUAAGCUUAAAUGAGAUAAUACAAGCAAAGUGCUUCCUCAGCACAACACUGUGCCCUUCACACAGUGAGCAUUUGAAACGUUAACUAUUGGGUAAGCCACUUCAUUUCCUCAUCUGUAAAAUAUGGAUAAUUUUGACCUGCCUCCCUCACAAGUGGUAGUAAGACAAGGUUUGCUGAAACAAUUUGUUAUAAAACUGUACAAGCAUGGGGUGUGUUAUAGUGAUCAAUGGGCUGCAUUCUCUUGAGAGGAGCUAAAGUGCAGAACAAGAUUAUGGAGGGGCCCAGGCACAAAGCUGGGAUCAGAGAGUGGCCAAAGCCCUCACUUCAUAACACCUACAUGUGAGCAAAGGUCUGACAGGGGCACAUUUCAGGGAAUGAGUGCUAGAUGAGACUAGUGGCCGGGGGAGGGGGUAGUUCCUUUCCUUUGGUGGGGUGGGAGUAGGUUGUUUGAUUUUUGCUGCUGUUAAAUGUCUACCACUUGGUGAAAACUGGGAUUCAAGCCACUGCCUUGAGGCUAAGGGUGGUAAAGCGGAAGCACAACAAGCUUUUUUUAAAAAAUUUUAACCUAAUAAUGUAGAUUUUCUGUGGCACAACAAGCUUUUUUUAAAAAAUUUUAACCUAAUAAUGUAGAUUUUCAGUUGAUUAUUUUCAUUCAAGCUUUACAGUUUGUAAACAUGGAAUCCAGAUAUUUCCCUAUUUCUGUUUGAGGUUUAGUUUUGAUCCUUUGUCUUGAAUAAGCUCUAUAAGAAUUAGCUAUUGAAAAGCAAGAGGACAAUUAGGGAAAAAAAAAAAACUAUGAGAAUGCGUAUUUCUAGUUGCAUUUGACAUGAACUGAUAUGUUUGAGACUACAAAGUAUAAGAAUAGCUGUAAAACAUGUUAGAUUAAAAUUACUGAAAUAACUUUAUUUUUCAGGUUCAAUGUUGAUGAUCUGUUGCCUUAUGAGAACAACUGAGAAAUUAUCUGCCUUUGACACCCUGGUCUAUACAGGCCGCUGUGGGAGAAGGCAGAAAUGAAGAAGCCUCCAAUAGGUCUUUAUAGUCUAGUAAAAUCAACUGCUUUAUCUUUGAAAUCUUAAAACACGUUUAAGACAGUUUAUUAACUUUAUUUCUUACUAUUUAAAAGCCUUAUAUUUAAGAAAACUAAAAUAUUUCAGGAAAGUGAAUUUCAGGUGGAUGACUCAGCACAAAAAAGUGACUUGGAAUGGCUGGCAGAAACAACAAAAACAUUUUCUCUCGGCCCUAAUACUGGAAUCCUAAGCAGAAACAUGCGUGCAAGAAGCAUCUCAAUGCAUCAGGAAGAAUAGCUCCGUGGAACCCAAGGCAGUCCCAGUACACUGCCGUGCAACUCUCUUUAUGGGCAGAAUAGUUUUCCUCUAGGUUAGUCAGGAUGUAAUUGUUUCGAACUCAGAUCACACAACUGCUUUAAAAUCCUCCUGGGACCAAAUUUGGGGGAUGAUAUGGCAUGUUUCUUUUGAUGACUUUAAAUAGUUGAGACAGGUAAGAUACUUCUACUGUAACACUGGACCUGUUACCCUCUGAUGUGUAGCUAUCGUCUUUCAGAAUUUCUCUGGCCAGUUAUUACCAUUGUUACGUUACCUUCUGAUGUUGCCCUUUGUUGGAGAUAGUUUUCAAGCUCUCAUCAGUUAGCCAACAAGGAGUUAUUGAUUUCCUUUUACAGUAGAAAAAUGAGACAAUCAUUUAGCUUUGUGUUGGCACUGAAAGGAGCAUUUAUGAAAUCAAGUAUGCAAAAAUAAUUUUUUAAAAAAUUGUCUAAUGUGCAAUUUUAUAGGACCAGAUUUUUUGAGAGAAACAAUGAGGCAUUGACAUUUAGGUUCCAUAAGAUCUCAAAGUGUCCCAGACCACAGGUAUUCUGGUGGAUCACUGUAAUUUCUGUGUUGUUCUUGGUUGUCUUUGUAGUGCUUCUGCUCUCGG